AUGUCCACGCCGUCCACCAACAUUCUUUGCAUCCCGUUCCGCCGGUCGCUUCAGAUUUCGCUGUCGACGACGAUCCGGCAGUACAUCAACACUAAAUAUGACCAGCACCCGGACAUGUUCCAGUUUGAUCUCGAGGCGGUGGAUGCGCUGCGCCGAGACGCCGUCAAUGUGCGGGAGCCGCAUCUGAGCGGCAUCCGGAAGCUGCAGGUGUAUGCGGGCCAGCUCGUGUGGAUUGGUGGCAAGUUUCCAAUCGAUAUUGGCGCCGAAUUCACUUGGUAUCCCGCGCUGGGCUACCACACCGAGCGGCCGAUGGCGCGCAACAACCUCAAGUACGAGCUCAUGAAUGUCCUCUACAAUCUCGCCGCCCUGUAUUCCCAGCUGGCCCUCAACACUCCCCGAGGAGACACCGAAGGUCUGAAAUCGGCAGCCAAUUACUUCUCUCUCGCCGCCGGCGUCCUCUCCCACGUUCAGAAAUCCGUGCUUCCCGAGCUGCGCAUGUCCGACCCGCCCGACGACAUGGACAACAAUACCCUCGAGUCCCUGGUGCAGCUCUUUUUGGCGCAGAGCCAGGAGUGCUUCUGGCAGAAGGCGGUCAUGGACGGCUACAAGGACGCUUCAAUCGCAAAGCUGGCUGCGAGGGUCUCUGACCUGUACAAUCUAGCAGCCGAGGCCGCCGUUCACAGUGAAGCCAUCAGCAGCGAGUGGAUCCAUCACAUGAACGCAAAGCAUCACCACUUUGCAGCAGCCGCUCAGUACCGCGCCGCAUGCGAUUGCCUAGAAAAGAGAAAGUACGGCGAGGAGAUUGCGCGUCUAAAGGACGCCGUCCUCUGCGCAAAUGAUGGGAUCAAAGAGGGCCGGGUGUCCUCAUUAAACAAGACCGUCAUGGAGGAUUUGCAGGCAUUGAAGCGAAAGCUGGAGGAAGAUUUGAAGAGGGCCGAAAAGGACAACGACUUAAUCUUCCUUAAUCCUGUCCCUCCGAAAGCUGAAUUGAAAAUCCUCGAGAGAGCCAACAUGGCUACAGCCAGAACGCCUCCUCAGGUGGCCAAUCCUCUCGACUACCUCGGGGAUCACGCUGAGCUUGGGCCGGCGCUGUUUUCGAAACUGGUUCCGUUCUCAGUUCAUGUGGCUAUAUCCAUCUACGAGGAGCGCAGAGAUCGGACGGUGAACCAAAACAUCAUCCAGGAGCUCGAGAAUUUGACUGAAAAGAUUCACACGCUUCUCAGCUCCAUUGGCUUACCUGGAUCUCUGCAAGCUCUGGAAAAGCCGCUUGGUCUACCGCCAAGCUUGAUUCAGCACGCAGAGGAAAUUCGACAAUCCGACGCCAUCAACAAGAUUCAAAGGAGUUUUGCCGACAUUGACAAGCUGCGGUCCAACGACUGGGCGAUUUUUGAAGAAGGCAAAGCAGCGCUAGCCGCUGAAAAGGAUGAAGAUGAACAGCUGCGGAGGAAAUACGGCACCAGCAGAUGGCGACGACCAGAGAGUCAGGCUGACCCCAACGGUUCCAAGUUCUGGGCAGCAAUAGGCGAAAUCGAAGGCUAUUUCCAGAAUAGCUCAAUUAGCGAUGAUGCCGUUCGGGAAAAGUUCAUGACGAACAAGGACUUGUUGGAAGUUUUGUCGGGGUCGAACCAGUCUCUGAUGAACUACGUGCCUGCGAGUGCCCCCGUCGAAACGUCGGGUGAUUUGAAAGCAUCCGUUGGGCGAUUGCGAAGUGUGUACAAUGAUAUCCUGCGGCUGGAGAGUAGGAGGAGGAAAAAGGUCGAAAGCUUGAGGGAGGCGGCACGGCGCGACGACAUUAAACCCGAUAUUCUCAAGGAAGCGGCUCGCCUAGAACGGACGUAUACUACGACGCCCUUGCAGACGGUUCAUUUUGAAGAAUUUUUCGAAAAGCGACUGGACAAGCUGUAUGAGCCCGAACUUGAAGCCAUUGAAAAAGAAGCGCAAGAGCAAGAUAAUCUCUUGACGCUUCUUCAGCGCGCAAACAGGGAGUUUGAGUCUCAGAAACGCCUCAUUGAUGGCAAGGGUCAUCGAGAUCGCGAACAGGUGCUGCAGAAGCUCAACGGCGCGUAUUUCAAAUACAAGGAGAUUGGGACCAACUUGGAGGUGGGAAGGAAAUUCUACAAUGACCUCAACAAGAUAGUUGCGAAUGGUUUCCGGGAUGCCGUCAAAGCCUGGGCGGCGGAGCGACGGAUUGAGGCGAGGCGUCUGGAAGAGGAACUCAAUAUGCCUCCCCUUUCGAAUCUCAACAUCACCCACCAGCAGGCAGCUCAGGCUCCAUCCGGAUUUGCAGCCCAUCCCGUUGCCCACCAACCAACCCAACACGACCAAUACCAGCCGUCAUACCAGCAGUCAUAUCAACAAUCGCCCGCCGUCCAGAGUCCCGCAGAGGCCUCGAUACAAUCUUGGGCUGGCCAAACACAGCAGCAGCCAGUGCAGCCACAGGUGCAGCCACAGCCUGGGCAGACACCAAGCCCGAUGCCUGGAACGUGGAACCCCUCUAUGGGCAUCAAAUUUGGAGGGCCACCAGCGGGAGGGUCACAGGGUAGCGGAGGGACAUGGAGCGCCAAUUCAGGCAUUAGAUUUGGUUGA